AUGGUAACACAUCAUCACAAGGAGGUUGCAAGUGUGCAACUUAGAUGGUCAGUGCACACCGUCAACAUCUCCUCUUUUGGGUGCCCUAGGCACAACCAUUGCAAGUGCCAAAAUUUAAAGGAUUCUGAGACUGGCUAUUCAACAUGUACAUGUCCCAAUGGUUACAGCAGUAACCCAUCUACUUCGGAUGGAUGCAAAGAUAUAGACGAGUGCCAAAUGCUCCAUGUUGACGGAAAACUCAAAUAUUGUGGUGGAGGCACUUCUAUAAAUGAGCAUUGA